CUCGAAACGUCAAACCGCUUCUGUUUAUUUCGCAUAGUCACCGAAGAAGAAGAAACGGUCGAGAUCAGCGACGAACAGUUCGGCAAAUAAUUUGUAGAGUCCGUGUGUAAUUCCCAACAAUAAACAUGCUUGGAAUGGAAAACUUCCCCGAGUACGAGGUGCCUGGAGCCCGCAAAGUGCAGUUUUAUCCCUACGAAUCGAACGGCGGGAGCGUUGUCGCUAUUGCCGGUGAAGAUUUUGCCGUAAUCGGUGCGGACACACGGCUAAGCUCCGGUUACUCCAUUCACACACGCACGCAGAACAAACUGUUCCGUCUUUCGGACAGUACGGUUCUGGCAUCGACCGGUUGCUGGUGCGAUACGCUCGCGCUGACCAGCCUGGUGAAGGUGCGCAUGCAAAUGUACAAGGAUCAGCAUCAGAAGAACAUGUCCACGCCGGCCGUUGCUCAGAUGCUGUCCAUUCUGAUGUACAACCGUCGGUUCUUCCCGUACUACGUGUCGAACGUGCUGGCCGGACUGGACCAGAACGGUAAGGGCGUCGUGUACAGCUACGACCCGAUCGGACACUGCGAGAUGACAACGUACCGGGCUGGAGGCUCGGCCGGACCAUUGUUGCAGCCGGUGUUGGACAAUCAAAUUGGCCAGAAGAACAUGCUCAACGUGGAUCCGGAACCGGUGAAGAUGGAGAAAGCCGUCUCGAUCAUUAAGGACACGUUCAUUUCGGCGACGGAGCGCGAUAUCUACACGGGAGAUUCCGUUAUCAUCAACAUAAUUACUAAGGAUGGCAUCAAGGAGGAGACGCUGCACCUCCGAAAGGAUUAGACGGCUGGUUUGGUGGUAUAUGGAGGGUUUUUCAUUAUUUUUGGAUUAAUAAACGUACUAAAUCCAACUAAGAGGUGCACUGAGUGAAAGAAUUUAAUUAUUCAAAUUGUGUCCUGGGACGAACGUGUCAUCAAGAGUUCAUUUUUGAAUGAUACAAAAACUUGACAAACUAUCAGUACAGUAGGAAGAAGAGAGUAAUGCGCACGUUAUAUUUCAAAAUGAACGAUAAUACAGCAAACAAACUAAUAAAACGACAAGAAUGGA